GUGCCAUUUAUACGGCAUUUAAAUUUUUUUCAGUGUAUGUAAUUGAAAUAAUAAUUUUUCCACAUUAUGUAUGCAUAGAAAGCUUCUUGUCUCCAAUUUAAGACGUCUCUGUGAUUAAGACAUUAUUGAGAACAAAAAACAUCAACUUAAAUUUCUACAGGAUGCGAAUAGACAUCCUGGCAAAUUUAAAAAUAGCUACAGUAUUUAGGCAUUGAACAGUGAUCAUCAAAACAUUUAUUGUGCUUUGAAAAUGGAACUGCCAGUUGAAAUAAUUGAGAGGAUUCUUCUCAAAUGUGACGGAAAAACUUUGAGAACUGCUAAAUGUGUAAGUUCUGACUGGAAAGAGAUCGUGGAAUAUUUAUCUAAAAAAACGCCUAUUUGGAAAUGGUGUUGUAAUGAGGAAAUUCCAGAGAAAGAACUUGUAGAUUAUGUGGACAAAUAUGAUAGAAUUGAUUUGGAAAAAUGGGAGAAAAUAUACAGCAAUUGGUCUUCAUGGCAGAAUUUACAAGAAGAUAUAAGAUAUGUUAUUGUAAGCAGUCCUGCAGAAAUUCCCCGCAUAUCUUGUUUAGCAGUUUCAGGACAUUAUAUUGCUGUGGGUUCAGAAGAUGGAAGGGUUAGAAUAUUCACAGAACACUGGAAACCAUUUUAUACUUCUCGUCAUAAAGCAACAAGGGUGAAAAACAUCAAUUUCAUUGAUUGGGAGAACAAGGAUAUGUGUUUAGUUAUUGCUUAUCCUAGGAGUUUAAUUAUUGAAUGUUUCAAUGAUUUGAGUAAUACUACUUUCAUAGAAGAUGUAAUCAAUCAUAGUGUUUAUAAGAACUAUAUCUGCUAUGAAAAAGCAAGAGGUCGAAUCAAUAUCGUAAAAAUCCACAACAAUGGUAAUACUAAUACUUUGAUCCAAAUUUGGUUUUCAAGAAUUUAUUCUUCACUUUAUCCGAAUUGUUUAAAUAUUUGGAAUGGAAUUUGUACAGUUGUGAUUAAUAAUGAAGUGCAGAGGUUCCAUUAUAAUGCAGAUGAAGAGACUACACAAAUGUGUGAACUGAUAAGAACAGCAAAGCUGAAGACAAGUCUCAGUUUAACCUCUAGGAUAACGUAUCAGAUUUUGAAAGAUGAUAUCAUUAUUGCUCUAGGUAGAGAUGAUUCUUUUGCAAAGGAAGAAUACAUAGAAUUUUUUAUAAUUGGACCAAACGAUGAAUGCAGUAGAAAACUGUUCAAUACAUGGGAUACUCUCAGAUCAUUCAUAACUUGCAUUUUUGUGUAUGGAAACACCCUACUUUUGGGUGUUGACACUGGAGAUGUUUAUUUCUACAAUGUCUCUUGUUGGAAACGAUUAGAUAUUCGAAACUAUCAGAAAAAAAUAAUUGUUGGAAGGCAUCCAAUAAUCAGCAUAGAUGUGAAGGAAACCCUAGAAGAGAGGAAGUUUUACGUCACUUCGAACUUUUGUAUUCAUGAACUGAGAUGUUAUGAUACAACUGGUUAUAUCUGAAAGUAUUAACUUACCUUUUUUUUGUUAUUUCAAUUCAUUAAGUAUCUAUUUAUUUGCUAUUAAUCUUUCUUCGAUUAAAAUUAUUUCGAUAAAAGCAUUUCGAUUGUUUCAAUGCUAAAAUUCGAAUUUAUCUGUGAUAAGAUUUUUUAAGAGAUAACUUCGGCUAAUAGUUAUAAUAUGUUUAUGUAUUAAUAUUUUUGUAAAAAUGUUUCAUAUGGAAAAUAAAGUCUUUUGAGUA